AUGCUGAAAUUAACAACGAUUCUAAAUAACGUCUGCAAGCGAGCUUGCGGAGGCUCAAUAAGUACUGGAGUGAGGGAAAGUCACGCGUGGACUAGUGAAAAUAUAGUUAAAUCACCGUUUAAGGACAUCGAAAUACCGAAGGCGACUUUCGUGGAAUAUGUGUGGAAGAAUUUGGAUAAAUGGCCCACAAAGACUGCUACGGUGUGCGGUAUUACAGGCAGACAAUAUACGUAUGAGCAAAUCUAUAGACAGUCACAAGUUCUAGGAGCAGUCUUGAGGAAGAAAUUUAGAAUAGAAAAUGGUGACGUUGUGGCUAUUAUGUUGCCCAAUUUACCUGAAUAUCCAACGGCGAUUUUUGGCAUACUAAAUGCUGGGGGUUUGGUCACCACUUUGAAUCCAAAUUACACUCCGUAUGAAGUCCAGAGGCAAAUUAAUAUGUCUCACACGAAGUUAAUUAUUGCCGCCACAGAGAUUGUUCCUACAGUUAAACAAGCAUUAGAAUUAUGCAAAAUGAAGAUUCCUAUUAUUGUCAUCAAUCUGGAAAGUCCUCUUCCGAAGGGAACUAUAUCAUUUAAGGAAAUAAUUGAAGAUGAUCAUGUUGAUAUCAGCAUAUUAAGAGAGGUUAAAAGAACUGCAGAUGAUGUUGCAUUUUUGCCUUAUUCGAGUGGCACUACAGGACUACCUAAAGGUGUUGAACUUACAAAUUACAAUAUUAUAGCUAAUGCCGAACAACAAAAUACUGAAAUUAAACAAUACAUGGAUACCACAGGUUCGCACCAAGAUAAUGUGCUAGUUUCGAUACCAAUGUUUCACUCCUACGGUUUAUCAAUUGUGACCCUACACAAACUAAGUGUCGGCUUGAAGCUUGUCACUUUGCCAAAAUUCAAGCCUGAGACUUUCAUCAAUAUAUUAGAAAAGUACAACUUCCACCUAUUCUACUUUGCACCUCCGACAGUCCUCUUUUUGGGGUCACAUCCGCAAGUGCAAACAAAACACUUUGAAAAUUUAAGAUGCGUGUCAUGUGGUGGUGCUCCGUUGCCAACGGCUGACAUUGAAAGGUUUUUGGAGAAAGCAAAUGCUAAUACUCACUUAUGUCAAGUCUAUGGCCUAACGGAGACAGGCCCUCUCGCAACUGCCAGUCCUCUUGGUUACAAAGAAUAUUCUAAAGUGGGAUUUGGUAUUCCAAAUGUUGAAUUAAGGAUAAUUGAUGAACAUUUAAAUAAUCUUGGCCCGAAUGAGGUGGGUGAAUUACUCAUAAAAGGUCCGAAUGUAAUGAAGGGUUACAAAGAAAACGAGGAGGCCAACAAUCAGGUUUUCUUAGAUGAUGGCUGGCUGAGAACGGGAGACAUGGCUGCGAUAGAUGAAUCCGGUGCUGUUACAAUUUCAGAUAGGCUGAAAGAGUUGAUUAAG